AUGCACCAUGACGUGGGCAUCAAGAUCAUUGUCACUGGAAACAUGGAAGAGCGUCGUUCCGGCAACAAACAAUCCUCCCCUGAAGAACGUGGAAAUCCCUUUGGUCGACUACUUCAGCUUACACGUCUAGCAGUUGACCCGAAUAUUCAUUACGGCGCCGGUUUUAAAAAGCACCCCGAGGCCUACCAGAUUCGCGGGUUCUGUAGCGAAGCUAGCGAGAGCGAAGGUAGGGCCAACGGUCGACCCAGUCGUUCAUCUACCGACCACCACCUAAUAAUAAGUGCUAAUGGACGCGGGCGGAAAUCCACUCCAGCCUCUUCCACCCCCAAUCCCCCCGCCGCCGCCUGUGCCAAUGAUGAUACCGGCAGCUCCCAGCCAGCUGACCCGGUACCACUGUUACAAUCAUUAUGGGGGAUACAUGGUAUCCAUUCGCCCCGGCUCAUUGAGACCAAACAUGUCAACGCGUAUAACUGGAUCUAG